AACCAGGUACAAGCUAAUACUCAACAAUACUGAUGCCUUGUUUUUUUUGCUCUGUCCAGACCGCAACGCUGUAGCCAAUUUAGAUAUGCUAUAAAUUUAAGAGGUUGCCAUGGCCACCGCGCGCCCAUUGGCCGCCAGGCCCCCUACGUGCCGCGCCACGUCACCAAAUCUGAAUAAGGAUGCGCGAAUUAGGCGGCGGCCAGACAAAGAUGAGGAUCGGGACCGCUUGAAAGUGGGGGAAAGUGCCGGCGCCUCCGCCACCGGGGAAAGCCGCUCUGCAGCGCCGAGGCCAGCAGCCACCCAAGACACCUGGGGGAGCUCGGAACCAGCGCUGGGGUGCGCGGCCCAGGGCAUGAGGCCGUGAACGCCACCACUCCCCACCGCACCCCAGGCGGCCCAGCGCCAGGCCAGCGAUCACCCAAGGACUUGACCGGCUGAGUCUUGGUCCGGACCGGACUCGCCCGGCGACUGCCGAGAGAAGAGGCAGAGCCCAGCGGCGGGGCCGAGGGGCCCGAGGGCCGGGGGCCCAAAGGGAGGGAAGGCGGCCCGAGCCGCCGGGGUGCGGGGCUAUGAUGGUGCACUGUGCCGGUUGCGAGCGGCCCAUCCUCGACCGCUUUCUGCUGAACGUGCUGGACCGCGCGUGGCACAUCAAAUGCGUUCAGUGCUGCGAGUGCAAGACCAACCUCUCGGAGAAGUGCUUCUCGCGCGAGGGCAAGCUCUACUGCAAAAAUGACUUCUUCAGGCGCUUCGGCACGAAGUGUGCAGGCUGUGCGCAAGGCAUCUCGCCCAGCGACCUGGUACGUAAGGCCCGCAGCAAAGUCUUCCACCUCAACUGCUUCACCUGCAUGGUAUGCAACAAGCAGCUGUCCACCGGCGAGGAGCUCUACGUCAUCGAUGAGAACAAGUUCGUGUGCAAGGAUGACUACCUGAGCUCAUCCAGCCUCAAGGAGGGCAGCCUCAACUCAGUGUCAUCCUGUACGGAUCGCAGUUUGUCCCCGGACCUCCAGGACCCACUUCAGGACGAUCCCAAGGAGACGGACAACUCCACGUCGUCGGACAAGGAGACAGCCAAUAACGAGAACGAGGAGCAGAACUCCGGCACCAAGCGGCGGGGCCCGCGCACCACCAUCAAAGCCAAGCAGCUGGAGACGCUUAAGGCCGCCUUCGCCGCCACGCCCAAGCCCACGCGCCACAUCCGCGAGCAGCUGGCGCAGGAGACCGGCCUCAACAUGCGCGUCAUUCAGGUGUGGUUCCAGAACCGACGGUCCAAAGAACGCCGGAUGAAACAGCUGAGCGCACUGGGCGCCCGGAGACACGCCUUCUUCCGGAGUCCCCGGCGCAUGCGUCCGCUGGGCGGCCGCUUGGACGAGUCUGAAAUGUUGGGGUCCACUCCAUACACCUACUACGGAGACUACCAAGGCGACUACUAUGCUCCAGGAGGCAACUAUGACUUCUUCACACACGGCCCCCCAUCGCAGGCGCAGUCCCCGGCUGACUCCAGCUUCCUGGCCGCCUCGGGGCCCGGCUCGACGCCGCUGGGCGCGCUGGAGCCACCGCUCGCCGGGCCGCACACCGCCGACAACCCCAGGUUCACCGAUAUGAUCUCCCACCCGGACACGCCGAGCCCGGAGCCUGGCCUGCCUGGCGCCCUGCACCCCCUGCCGGGCGAGGUGUUCAGCGGGGGGCCCAGCCCGCCCUUCCCCAUGAGCGGUGCCAGCGGCUACAGCGGACCCCUGUCGCACCCCAACCCCGAGCUCAACGAGGCCGCCGUGUGGUAAGGCCGCCAGGCCAGAUCUCCCGCCUGGACGCAGCCUCCCCAAACCAAAACGCCCGACUCAGCUGCGGCCUGGGGCUCCCUCACGGGUUCUCUCUCGGGUCCGCACUCAACCGGCAGCUGCUCCUCGGCUGGGCGCGGAGAGGGACCGACCCCCAUCUCCACCCCGCCGGCUCUCCAGGACCCCCAGCCCUCCACCAGCGCUCUCCUGGCGGCCGCGAGCCAUUUCUUGGGACCAAAGUCAAUACUGCAGAGGGUCAAGAGAUUUCAAGCACGCUCUAGACUUCCCCCCGAGCCCCCACCCACCACCUCUUUGGACCAAGAGAAGGUUGAGGCCAAGGGGCAGAGAUGAUUUCCGCCCCCCCCCUCUCCUCUGCAAUCCGAGUCGCAUUUUGUAAUCUUAUUUCUCACUCUGCUUUCCCCGUCUUUCAAACACGAUGAUAAGAAAAAGAGAGUGAAGGGACAGAGAGGAAAGGGAGCAAAUUGAGGACGCGAGGAGACGGAGAGAAACGCCAGCCUGAGAGAGAGAAGAUGGACAGAGACAGCGAGAGAAAAACACGCUUGAAUGGGGGGUGUCCCUGGAAGAGAAAUCCACCUGCACGUUGGCGCCGCCUCGUGGCCAAUCUUGAGGCUCAAGGUCAGCAUUUCUAGAAAGGUGUGGCGGUCUGGACUUCUCCAGCCUUGGGCCGGACCACCCCCUCUUUCCUUACUUGGACAUUUAUUUUGAGCCCGGAGGUCCAGGCCAGACUCGAACACUCGCCGACCCUGUUCUCCCACUGGGCAAGGCGCCAAGAUUUCUGGGCUCUGGCUCACAGACCACCCUCCCUGCCUGGGGCCUGGAGGCUGGGUCGUCAGGAUGUACAGUAUUAUACUUUUUUGGAAGUUGAACGCUUCUAGUUUCCUUAUUUUGUAUA